AUGGCCGGGACAUUGUUCUGCAAAGUUUUCAACCGUAUCCUUGCGCCGGAUGAAAAGCCAAUUCACCUGGCACUAGUCGGUUUCGACUUUCAACGAUCCGAACUCAAGCCGCGUAGCCCAUCGAGCACUUCAUGCUUAUUGCAGCUUCCUAGCAAUGUGCAGUUUUUGCAAGUUGGUAUAUUCGAACUACCAUCCACCUCUGACAUCCGGAAUCUCUUUGGAGGGUCUUCAAAUGAGAAAAUCGCCCAUGUUGCGACUUUCAAAGCCCCAGACCCGCCCGCCGUACCACCUGACAAUCACCAUGACCCCGUGGCGAGAACGUCAAAAACCUCCGAUCCUCUCGAUCGAAAUGAAGGCAAACAGCCGGUCAGGAUGGAAGUUAAAUGUAGCUUCGCCGGACAGUUAGCCAAGAUCGAUGUCAAAGAUUCCGAUCGAUUUUGUGUCGCGGUUUCGCUUUUGAGCAAUAUCGAAGGGAACUCGUUCGAAUUCACGCUCAAGAGCGCUCGAGAUUCAGGAAAUAGGGCUUCUUGGAGAGUUCGGCAACGCGGCAACUUCUCGAAGUCCAUCACCAUUAGCAAGGGAGCGUCAACUGAUUGGAUCCCGUUCAUAUGCGCCGUGACGAAUGAGUGGCAUGACGGCAUGACCCUACUUGAGCAAGGCUGGGGCCGUUUGAGAGAAAGGGAUUCCUCGGGCAGGUCAGCGCUAUCCUGGAUCGCUGGCGGGGGAAAGGCUGUGAUGACCGAGAAGCUUGUACAACUUUUACAAGGUAAAGAAGAAUCCAUUGACGACCGGGACUCUACUGGGAGGACUCCUCUAUCAUGGGCCGCCGGGAACGGACAUACUCAAACCGUGAACAUCCUGUUGCACCACAAAGCCCAUUCUGACGCUCUCGAUCGCUCGAAAAGAACGCUGCUGUCAUGGGCCGCGGGGAAUGGGCACAUUGAGGUCGUGGAGGUGUUGUUGGCGUUACCAAAUAUCGAGCCUGGACUGAUGGACGACAAAGGAAGAACGCCAUUAUCAUGGGCAGCAGAGGGCGGACACACCGAAGUCGUCAGCAAACUUAUCGAAUAUGCAACAGAAGGUGACGGAAAAGAGCCUUGGGACAGAUGUGGUCCAGGCCAGGAACAUCCACUGUACUGGGCUGCAAAGUCAAACAAGGAAGAGCUCUUGCGCGUCAUGGUAGCGGCCAGUCGAUUCGACGAGAAUUGGUUGCACAGAUCUGCUGAGAACAACUGGACCGCUUUGGCCAAGAUUUUGAUCGAUUUCGGCAUGAACGUCGACGCGGUCCAGGUUGGGAAAACCCCCCUCUGCGUUGCCGCUGAAAACGGACAGGCCGAGGUGAUCAAAACAUUCAUCCAGGCCAAGGCAAACAGAAACUAUCAGGUGGAAGGGACAAAAGAUACACCUCUCUGCUUGGCAGCGCGUCUUAAAGAAACUGGUCACGAAGCAGUUAUGGCACUACUCGAUGGUGGCGCCGACCCUAACAUAGCAAACUCGUCUGGCUCUACGCCUAUCGACAUCGCAAGGCAUAGCAUGACGAUAGCUAAGCUUGCUGCUAUGGAUAAAAUAUCGAAACUUUCCGAAGAAUCGGACCCCGAGCACAAAGACAUCGACGAGAAGUUCGAGGCAACGGUUGUCGAAUUCUGGUACCAAUCUGAUGGCACCUUCCAACCUACCUUCUACGAAACAAAAGUCCGACUUGCUCUUGAGAACCCUCGAAAAACCACUGGCCCCAGUACUUCCAAUCCAGCGUUUCGAUGGUUUCAUCUCCCGGCAAACAACAUGGCAUGGGUUGAAGUCUUGAUUUCAAAACUCUACGAAGACCUGUAUCUAAGCCGCACACUGUUGAAGCCAGAUCGUUGGGUACGGCGACAACACCAUGGCUCAACGAGUCGACACCAUGCCAGAUUCAUGCGCCCUCUCUGCCAAACCUUUGCCAGCACCCAAUCUUCAACAAGACCUCCACAGCAGGAAUUAGGGAAUAAUCGAGAGAACCUCGUGCUAUUCAUGCCUUAUCUCCACUGGCAUAUGAAAGACUGGUGGCGCGAGGACGUAAAAGCUUUUCAGCCUCAGCCUCAAAACGCCAAUCACACAUGGAACCGAAGCCAAGAACUACUAAUGGCAUAUCUCCAAGCCGAACGCCCUAUCCACAUCCGCCGCACAUUAGAUCAAUAUUACUACCAUGCUCUAGAUGAGACAGCGCAGAGGGAUAACGAUCAAACUGUGAUGCGCUACUUGACACGAAAGAAAAUUCAGCCAGAAAUAAUAACGAUGGUCGACCAGCUGUGGCUUUGGGUCAUCAGGGAAGGAACCGAGCAACCGGAUACAGUCAUAAGCUGCUUCCCGUACGUUGACACAUCCUCCAUAGGGAGCCCAGGGCGACGGUGGCAUCUUCCCGAUCCAUUGACGAAGGUCAAGCUUCACAUGCGAGACGACCCAUCGGCAGUUCAAUCAGCGUCCGACCUGGCGAGCCUGAUCACGGCAAAGUGCUCAAGACUGUCUCUUGACAUGGCAAACACUCCCCGUUUGUUGGAGUAUCAUUCACAUGCCCCUGGAGCCCUUCGUUCCAACACUUGGGAACCUCCAGAUUUCGGUCAAUCUUCAGAGCAUGUAACGAGAAGUACCUCUGAAGGACAAGAGCUGUGUUCGCUGCAACUUACGGAAGUCUAUAACCAAGCGAUUAUCAAUGCGAAUCAUGAUGAAGCGACACGUUUCAAAGAAUUCUCGAAAUUAAAGAAAGAAGUCACUUCCAAAAUCGACAAGGAUAUUAAACUAUUGGUCGAAAUGAAAGAUGUGUUGGAUGAGUUGACCAUCAUGAGCCAGUUGUUUGACGAACAGAAACAGUGCAUUCAGACGAUGAGCGAGUUUGCCUCGAACUUCGAGAGCGACAUGUCUUUGCAUGAAUCUCUACUGCGCUACAAAAGGGACUCAAACUCGAUCCUCGAAGAGUCCAUACACUUCCCCAUCGACGACAAUGAGACAGAUCACAGCCAGGAUCAAUCCGAUCAAAGCACAGACGAGAUUGUCGGCCCGGGAACUAGUUCACGACAACGGACCAAGUCAUUUCGUGAAGGGGCAGGAAACUCAAGCGGCACCUUACUCACGAAAGAAGUCAACACCAGCAUCGAAGCUAUCGAAGACAUGAGUAGCCGAGCCCAGGCAGUUCAUGAUGCGCUGAACCUACUCAUCGAUCUCAAGCUCAAGCAUAAUAGUGUCAUAGAUACCAAUGAGGCGAUUGGACAAGGACGCACCAUGCUGAUUUUCACUAUAACAACUAUUGCAUUUUUACCGGCCUCAUUCUUAGCAGCUUUCUUGGCGCUCAACAUUCGGGAAUUCAAAACAGACAAGCAAGGGGAUAUGGGACUCGGCUAUGUCGCGACAAUCAUGUUCCCGAUUUCAGCUGUGAUCUCGGGUAUGCUGAUCUGGGGAGCCUUUAAAUGGAACUGGGCGAGACCUAGGUAG